AUUCAUGAAUAAACUGUACUUUGCAACCCUGUAGGAUACUGAUGAAACAAAUAGAAUUUGCACAGACAUGGAUAAUACAAGAACACAAGACACUUUUUCACAGUUAAGCCAGGAGAAGAUCCUCAAAAUUAUGAACAUGGUGAAAAAUAAAGAAGUGAGCAUUGAGGGGGCUCUGCAUUUGGCACAGAAGGAGGUGUAUGCUGAGAAGGAUUCCCAAGAUUUGUUAACUGGAUCACAAUUUAACUUCAUUAUCUACAAACACAAGCACUAUCGGUGGCAGAAACGAAUUUUGCAGAUUGAUUUCAACACAAGGACCAUUUUUAACAUCGAAAAGGGAAUUAUUAAGAAACAGUUCCCUUUCUCUCAAGUCAAAGCCUGCGAAGACACUGAAAGGAGGCGCUUCAGCAUUGUGUUUCAUGGGAGACAAGAUUACGAGCUGGAAGCUGUGUCUCUUGAUGAUAAAAGGAAGAUAAUAUACCUCCUGAGCAGAGUUUUACAGAGCAAUUCAUGCAAGAGACCAGUGGAGUCCUGCUCUGGGAGACCUGCAGAAUGUGAUGUGAUACAUGAAGGGCUGCUGGAUUUACAGCAAAACACUUUUGCAUCCACUGAAUGGGUGAAGUGCUUGGUGCAACUACGUGAAGGAGAAUUGACUUUAUAUUGCAUAACUCUGGGAGGAAAGCACAGGACUGCAGACCCUGGAGCAAACACAAUUCAUCUGUCAGGUGGUGAUGUGAGUGUCAGCAAGGAGAAUGGAUGCAGCACCUUUUCAGUUCAGACCAAAGAUCACAAUUAUUUGUUUCGAAUACCCUUUACUGUCCAAAACAGCAGACCAGAGGAUGUUGGCAAGCUCCAAAAUGAAUGGGUGUCUCUCCUAGAAAGGUACUGUCAGCUGGGCCAGGAGGCCUCCCUGCCUCAGGAGGGAUCUCAAGGAUGCACCUCCCCUGAAGCUGAUUAUGAAGAAUUUAUUGUACCCCUGAAUGAAGAGAAAGAGGAGACUUUGCACUUUGGUGUGAGUUCUGCAAGGACCAGUCUGAACAAGUCUCCAAGACCUCAGACAAAGCCUGCAGAGGGGGAAGCAGCCCCAGCAUCAUCAUCUCUUCCACUUCCCAUAAGUAAGGCAGAGGUACCCCCAGCCCCUCCUGCCCUUCCACAGCCCUGCAGCCUCUCUCCAGCAGCAAAGAGAACCAAAGCCUUUCACUGGGAUGUCGUUCCUUGUGAUAAGAUUCACAAAUCUGUCUGGGGAUCAUGUGACCCAUGCAAGAAGAAAAUUGAUGUAUCCAGACUCUGUGAACAGUUCCAGAUCCAGGACACAGCAGUAUUUUUGGGCAAUGAGCCCUCAGUGAAUCAGCACAUCAUGUUAGACCGAAAAGUCGCGCAUAACUUCAACAUUUUUCUUAAAAGUUUCCGUAUCAAACCAAGUGAGCUGAAAGAAAAACUGUACAUCAUCCAUGAAGAGAGUGGUGGACUCACAGAUGAGCAGAUUACAGCACUAAGGAGGUACAUGCCAACAGCAAAAGAUGCAGAAAGGUACCAGUCAUUCAAGGGGUUGUGCUCAGAGCUGCACGUGGUUGACCAGUUUAUGUUAGAGAUGUGUAAAAUCCCUCACUUAGGCCAGAGGUUGGAUCUCCUGCUCACUGUCCGUGAGCUCCCUGAGAGCAUGAGAGAUUUGGAGCCUCUGAUAAAUCAGAAGAUCCAGGCCAGUAAGCAGCUGCAAUCCAGCCAGAAGUUUGUUGCUGUCUUGGAGUACAUUUUAGCCAUUGGGAACCACCUAAAUGAGAAGGCUGGAAAAGAGGUGGCGAAAGGAUUUCGACUGUCGUCUUUGGCCAAAUUACCUCUGCUGAGGGGUAAAGAGAGGACGUUCACUUUGCUUCACGCCCUUGUGGAACAGAUCCUCUUACAUGAGCCUGAUCUGGCCACAUUUUCUCAGGAGUUGACAGAAUUUGAAGCUGUUCCUGAUGCUUCCAUGAAGGGCCUCAGUGCUGAAGUUGAUGUUUUAAGAAAGGAAUUGGAAAACAUUAUUCAGUUCAGGAGGCUUAUUAAACCCAAGACAAUCAAGGCAACACCCCAGGAAUUACAGUUCUGCAAGGAAUUAAAGGAUUUAAUUCAGAAAUAUGAAGGGGAUCUAUCCCAGCUGUCAAAAAGAUGUGAUGAAAUGAAGAAGCUUUAUAGCAACGUACUGGUAAAGUUUGGGGAGCCACAAGACCUGGACUCCCAGGAACUCUUUGGAUGGAUAUCUUCCUUCAUUUGUGAGUUUAGGAAGGCCUGUGCUGAAGUCACACCAUAAAGAGAACACAGAUCUUAUAGAGAACUGAGGGAAAGAGGAGUCCAGGAAACAAGAUUUAUUUGGUUUUUUACUUACUGAUGAAAAGCACAUAACCAGUAUCUGCACAGCAGAACACCCUGAUUUUGAGAGACUUUCAAUCUAUAAUGUGUAAUUUGUAAGUGGUAUUUGAUCUGUAGAAUCCCAGAUCACUUAAGAGCCUCUCAAAUUUUCUGAUGUACCUUGAGAUUCCUGUAUAUUUAGAGAGGAAACACUUCUGACAUUUUAUAACUUCUCUUUUCAAUCUUCUCCUUUGAUACUCGGCCUUCUGACUCAGUUUUAACUGUUAUUUUCAAUGAGUAAGUUUCUGUAUGGUGAUCUAAUUUCUAAAAGAAUACUUUCCCAAGUUUAAUAAUGAAAUGGGAAGAUGUUACCCAUAGAGGAGAAUAUUUAACAAAAAUUCUUGUUUCUUUUUCUGCUAUUAAAGCACUGCAGCCUUAGUAUGGAAUGGAGAAAGUAUCUAGCCGGGGGUUUUGGUUUGUAGUACAAUAAAAUAGUGCUUUUCAUGGCUAAUGUCAUGUAUUGGAGUAAAAUGCUACAGAAAUCAAUCAAUAUGUGAGAUUUGCA